GCCUCCCCACCGCCCACACCAAUCAUCGCCGGCCUCGAUUCUCUCCGGUCACUGCCUAGUCAGCGUUCUUCUUCUUGUUGUUUCCUUCCGUAGAUCGAUCACGAUCAGCACGUGAGUUCCGAGCGAUGGCGAAGCCGAGCGUGGGAGUCUCGGAGGUGGGCGUCUCGGCUGCGCCGGCGCAGGCGGCGUGCCCCUGCCCGGGGACGCUGUUCCCGUACCCGCCGCCGCGCGGCGCCGGGAUCGCCGCCUCCGUGCGGCGCAAGUGCCUGCAGGUGGAGCUCGGCGCCGGGGCGGGCGGCGCGUGGGGCGCCCUCGAGUCCAUGCGCGCGUCGUCGCCCACGCACGCCAAGGCCGCGGCGGCCCUCGCCGCCGGCGUGGACGUGGACGACGAGCGCGCGGCGUGGAUGGCGCGGCACCCGUCGGCGCUGGGCAAGUUCGAGGAGAUCGUGGCGGCGUCCGAGGGCAAGCGCAUCGUGGUGUUCCUGGACUACGACGGCACCCUGUCGCCCAUCGUCGACGACCCCGACGCCGCCUUCAUGAGCGAGACGAUGAGGAUGGCCGUGCGCAGCGUCGCCAAGCACUUCCCGACGGCGAUCGUCAGCGGCCGGUGCCGCGACAAGGUGUUCGAGUUCGUGAAGCUGGCGGAGCUCUACUACGCGGGGAGCCACGGCAUGGACAUCAAGGGCCCGGCCAAGGCCGCCUCUUCCCGGCACGCAAAGGCCAAGGUGACCACUCGCUCCGCAGCCCACCUCGCGCGGCCUCUUCCAUCAGGCGGUUGGUUGUGGUUCACAAGACUAAAGGCGCCGCUUUUUGGCUCCCCUCCCAUCCAUGAUUAUUUCCGUGCAGGCGAAGGGCGUCCUGUUCCAGCCGGCGAGCGAGUUCCUGCCGAUGAUCGAGGAGGUGCACGAGCGCCUGGCCGAGGCGACGCGCUGCAUCCCCGGAGCCAAGGUGGAGAACAACAAGUUCUGCGUGUCCGUCCACUUCAGAUGCGUCGACGAAAAGAUGUGGGGCGAGCUGUCGGAGGCGGUGAAGGGCGUGCUUCGGGGUUACCCGAAGCUGCGGCUGACGCAGGGGCGGAUGGUGCUGGAGGUGCGGCCGGGCAUCAAGUGGGACAAGGGCAGGGCGCUCGAGUUCCUGCUCGAGUCGCUGGGCUUGGCCGAAUGCGCCAGCGUCCUGCCCGUCUACAUCGGCGACGACCGCACCGACGAGGACGCCUUCAAGGCCCUGCGGCGGCGCGGGCAGGGCGUGGGCAUCCUCGUGUCCAAGCACCCCAAGGAGACGGCCGCCUCCUACUCGCUCCGGGAGCCCGCCGAGGUCAUGGACUUCCUGCUGCGCCUCGUCGAGUGGAAGCGGCUCUCCAGGGCGAGCCUCAGGCACAGGCUCCUGCAAUGACCACUCUUCUUCGCUCUUGUACCCUAUAAGCCUGGACAAUGCUACCACUGAUUGUCAGUUUUUUUUUUGCGAGGGCUGAUUGUUAGUUGUACCAUCUCGUGGAGUGCGCGAGAGCUCGAUCUGUUUUUAUCUCUAUUCUUCUUGUUUCCCGAGGGCCCGAUCGAACGGGUGUAUGAUGACAAGGAAUGUACAUUAUGUAGAUGAUGAUAUUAUAAAUAUACAUACUCCCUCCGUUCCAUGAAGAAUGUAAUUCUGAAAUUUUUUUGACA